AUGGAACGCGUGCCUGCACGCGCCCAGCAGACGAAUCUCCUCCCCCUCCGCGAAAGCCGACAGGCACACCGGGCACUGGUCGUUGAUCCCCGCCGCCUCCGCCGAUGUCGCGGCGGCGCCUUCCUUCCGGAACCUGACGCCGCAGACGAGCUCCACCCUCUCCGGCGUCUUUCGUCCGGAUGCCGGAUCCGCGGCGGCGGCGGGGAUCCGGCAGCACCGGACGGCGACGAACAGGGUGUAGGCCACCAUCGGGACCGUGAUGAGCGCCACCAGGCAGGCAACGGCGUUCGGGGUCGAGAUCUCGUGGUGCGCCGCCGGGUAAGGCGGCGGGAAGGUGGAGUUACCGGCGGCGGUCUAAUUAUCUGA